AUGCAGCCUCGCAUUCCUAUUCGAAAGAGAGAACCGGAGGAAAUCGCUAUUCCGAACAAAGUGAGGGACUUUGUUACGCCAAGCCGCGUAUAUGCUCGAUCUUCGAGCACCUGCGAGCCUGGUGAUAACACUGGCCUCUGCGAGAAGCCUGCCGGGGGCGCGUCUAUGACCCUCUCAAUUGCUCUAGGAGUCGCCUUGCCUGCAGCAGCUGCCAUUAUCGUAUUGAUCUUUCUUCACCGCAGAAACGUGAAAAAGCAAAGGAGGGAAGAUGCGGUUGAUCCUCACAAGUCGCUGGAUUUUGGGUUGGAUGAAGGCGGCGGCAAGAAGAAGCGAAGAAGCGUUUUCUUCGGAGGAGAAAAGAAUACCGUCUCCCAGCGACAAUUGUCGAUGGACAUGAACCUAUCCAGCCCAUAUCUCCUUCCACCAGGACUACAACAGUCUCGCGAGUCUCUGCACUCGCUUGCUCGCACGCUUCACCAGAACGAGGACCCCUAUCGUCCCGUGGCUCACUAUACCGCCAGUGAGACGGGUUCUAUUCGGUCAUUUGAGAAGAGCGGACAAGGUUCAUCUAUCUACACUCGCUCCAGCAAGGAGAAGGAGUUUGCCAUGAAUGCUCGCUCGCCAUCUGCUCAAGGCAAUCUGGUUGCACCUCCACGACAGAAUUCGUUCCCGAAAUCGCCCAUUACACCACAGGCACCGACCAUGCGAGACGAACCCAAAUUCCCAGAGGCUGUGCUGCCGUCACCUCCUCCAGCUGUGAAGGAAAACUUCCUACCUGCUCAGCCCAUCAUUCCCGAGAUUGAGACUGUUCCGUAUCCCGAUGACGGCCACGUCGUACCCAUCAUUCAGGAACCACCUAAGAUUGCGCGAAAGGGCCUUCCGUCAUCUCCCUCUCCUCCGAGCUCCGGUAAUCACGAGGCGUUGACAAUGCCUAAGCUUCCCGAGAUUCACACGGAUGAUCAGAUGAAUAUGGAUUUCAAUCAGGACUUCCAUGCAAAUGGAAACCAGCACGAUCCCGCGUAUCCUUUGCCUCUGGAGGCCAAUGCGAUUGGUCUUGGUGUCAUGGGUGCCACCUCUCCACAGGCAGCCGGUCACAUGUCACCACCUUCCGUCAAGUCUCUACCCUCAAGCCCUCAUCCUCAGCCGGUACCAGCUCCUCAGGGCAUCACUCCUGUGAUCGAGGAGGCACAAGAGUACUACGAUUAUGACUACCAGCAGAUGCCGCCUCAGAAUGCUCAGCACGGGUAUGAUGAAUACGAUGGGCGUGGUAGGACACCCCAGCGUCAGUCGUCACUAUAUCAGCAGGCAGAUCAGCAGGGAGGCUUGAAUGUUCCCGGAUUCGACAGCAAACGCCUCUCUGUAGGUUUCCGCCCACUUCCCCCGGAUGAGUUCAUGGAGACCGAAGACCCUGAGACUAGGGCGAACAGGAUCCGCUCCUUCUACAAAGAAUACUUCGAUGACUCGAAGCAGGAUCAUGCUGGAGGUGCCGGUGGUCAUGCUCAGUACUAUGAAGAUUACGACCAGAACUAUCUUGGCGACACUGCCUUUUUCGACCCUGACUCGAAUCAGUUCAUCAUGCCCUACGCUCAGCCUGUCGGCCGUCGGGCCAUGACACCACCACCCUCGGGAUCUAGAUUCCCUGGUUCUCGUAGACCUGGACCGAGAGGCCCCGGGCCAAGAGGACCGGGUCCUAGACCUCACGCUGGGUCAAUUGGUGGAAUGAGCAUGCCUGGAGGUUUCCGCCCUGGCUCCGCUGCGUCAAGUGGAUGGGGUCCUCGCCCGGGCUCAUCAGCCUCCGCCCAAUUCGGUCGAGCUGGCUCUGCUAUGUCCGGCAAGCCAAGGAAGCCCAUGCCACCUCCCGCUGCUCUUCCCACGCUGCCCACGCCUUCGAAGCUCAAGGAUGACAAUUUCGCGCUCUUCAAUGCUAUGGAUUUCGCGCCUCCAGAAUCUUUUGGCAGUCGCGCUAGGGGUCGCUCCCAGAGCCCUCUCGGCGAGCGCCGUGCGUACAAACCCACUGUUCCUGCCGCAUCGCCACUGGUGAGCUCAUACGAUGAGGUUGCUGCGUUGCCCAGCCCGCACUUGUUGCGUAAAUCAUCAACGUUCACAGGUCUGGACUUUGCUCCGCCUCGCAAGUUCAAGGAUCCAGACACCAUGAGCGAUGCUGGAAGCAUACGAAGCAACCGAAGCGGUAUUUCUGCCGUGAGCCAAGCUGCCAUCCGCAGUGGAGCCGGUCGUGUGAGCCGCCUGCCUGGCGAUACGAUCUUCACCCAGGCUCAGAUGGGCGACAAGUUGAAGCCCUCUUGGAGCAUGCGUGACUUGUAG